UGGUCCUUGAACAACCUACAAAAAUUCAAUUACCCAAUAUCAGCAUUACGGGAACGACGCAAUUUUCUUUUGGAGAAAAACAUGUGUCUCAACUGGUGUAGAUCCUGCCAAGGAAAGAAACACAAUCAUGUUUCGUGCCCCCAAAGGGUUGAAGUCAGUACAAAGCAUCAAGGCACCUCGUCAGCCAUCAAAAAAGUACAUCGACACGGAAGUUGUCGACGGCGCAGCACGCGCCAAAGGGCCAAAAAACAUACCCACCGACAAAAGUCACACAAACGCACUGAAUAG